GUCGUGUGGACCGUCACAUUCGGCAAGCAAAACGUGGAGAGGCAUAGGGAAACGAUUCUAAGGCCCCGCACGGGAUCGCAGUCGGAACGCAGCAAAAUUUAUCCAGUCAAGAGGCGUCGUGCAGUCAAUUUAGCUAAAGAAGACAAAGCUCAAGCGGAUGACACUGACCAAUGACAGCGACGCAGAAGCAAUUUAACAUAGCAAACAUUUCUGGUAAGAAAUUUAAAAAAGGGGGCGAACAACAGAAACGAAGAGAAAGGCGACAAAAUCUGGCUUACGAGGCCAACUAGACCAGAACAACCGGCGUCAUCUUCAUCUUGGACACCAACGCGCCAAAACGAUGCCGUUUCCCCGCUUUGCUCUCGUUUCUGCCAGAAUCAGCGACUACUGUACCGACGUCGUGCUUCUAAUGUGACUUGGGUUUUCUUUUUGUUGAACGGUAACGGUUUUUCCGAAUGGAUCCGUCGCCGAUGACCUUGGGACCAGCCAUGGACAUGCCAAUCAUGCACGACAGCGACCGGUACGAUUUCGUCCGAGAUAUUGGGUCCGGGAAUUUCGGGGUGGCUAGGCUGAUGAGAGACAAACUAACUAAAGAGCUUGUUGCCGUGAAGUAUAUCGAACGCGGGGAUAAGAUAGAUGAAAAUGUGAAGAGGGAAAUCAUUAAUCACAGGUCCUUGAGACACCUUAAUAUUGUUAGGUUCAAGGAGGUCAUUUUAACGCCUACUCAUCUAGCCAUUGUUAUGGAAUAUGCAUCUGGAGGAGAACUCUUUGAGCGAAUCUGCAGUGCUGGGCGCUUUCCUGAGGAUGAGGCUCGUUUCUUCUUUCAACAACUCAUUUCUGGGGUCAGCUAUUGCCAUGCGAUGCAAGUAUGUCAUCGGGACCUGAAGCUGGAAAACACAUUAUUAGAUGGAAGCCCAGCACCUCGUUUGAAAAUAUGUGAUUUUGGUUACUCCAAGUCAUCAGUGCUUCAUUCACAACCAAAGUCGACUGUGGGAACUCCUGCAUAUAUUGCUCCAGAAGUAUUGCUGAGGCAAGAGUAUGAUGGCAAGAUUGCAGAUGUCUGGUCAUGUGGAGUGACCUUAUAUGUGAUGCUAGUGGGAUCAUAUCCUUUUGAAGAUCCUCAUGAACCAAAGGAUUUUCGAAAGACUAUACAGAGAGUUUUGAGUGUCCAGUAUUCCAUUCCAGACAUCGUCCAAAUAUCACCUGAAUGUCGUGAUCUUAUCUCUAGGAUAUUUGUUUUUGAUCCUGCAGAGAGAAUUACCAUUCCUGAAAUCUUGAACCACGAAUGGUUUCUGAAGAAUCUCCCCGCAGACAUAAUGGAUGAGAAGAUACUGGGUAACCAAUUUGAAGAGCUAGACCAACCAAUGCAGAGCAUUGAUGUGAUUAUGCAGAUAAUUUCAGAAGCUACUAUACCAGCGGCUGGGACCUGUUCUUUGGAUCAGUUUAUGGCAGAUAUUGACGGAGAUGAUGGCAUGGAUGAACUAGAUUCGGACUCUGAGCUUGAUAUUGACAGCAGCGGGGAAAUAGUGUAUGCCAUUUGAUUUUAAUGCACCUGGAUCUAAAAAGGGAGAGUAUCAAUGAUGGCAUGGUAUGUUGUGCUCGCGGCCGUGUCAGCGUCAGGAAUGAAAUGUGUGAUGGAAGCAUUUUCUCAUAGAGUAGAAUGAUUAAUACACACAGGAAUACUGAAUGUUUGUAUGCAUCUUAUUGUUGGCGAUGUGGACGUUAAUUAUCAAUGUCACUUGGAAGAGUAACUUGUUGCUCAGGGGUAGAAGAGUUGGGGGUUAGAGGAAGCAAUGGUAUCACCCUCGUAUCUCCCAUUUCCGUGGAAUACUUGGGUCAUAUGCUACUAUUUAUGUAUCUGUACUCCUAUGCCCUGCUUGUAAAAAAUUCCCAUCGAGUUUUAGUAUAUUCUUCAUUGCUGUUGUA